AUGUCCAUUUCGUCCCUGUGCGCCAAACAUAGUGAAAGUGCGCGUAGUUUGUCCGGUUUAGUUUGUCCAAACAUCUACGAACAAGAAGAAGGAGAGAGGACAAAAUCACACGCGCGCAGGUCCAAACGCAGGACGAAUUCGAACCCGGCACCGUCACGCCGCCGGGAGGAAGAACGGUCCGUUUCCGUCUAUCGUCGGGAAACCCAACGCAACUUUUCCGGCCGAUUAAAGCAUCAGCAGCAACAAAUAACCGCUGGUCAGAAACCGGCGCGGCCGAUCGAUGUGAUCGCCCAUCAUCGCCCGUCAUCGCAGCAGAACGAUCGACAGCAGCAGAAACCAACAGCAGCAGAACUGUAUCAUCAGCGAGUACUUGAUAUUCUGCCACUUCUUCUGGAAGCUGCUGAAUGCACGAUAGUAAGCCCAGCUCUUCCAAAUGGACCUCCAUGCGGAAGCUUCAAUUCGCAUAAUUUGUACCAUCGAACAGACUACGUGGAAGAAAUCCAAGGCGAAGGUUUUGGGUCAGGCGACUUCAUACAAGGAAGCCGAGAUGCUAAUGUCCAGUUUUCAAAACUGUCAGAUACGGAAUGGACUGAUGACACGGAGACACUAAAAAUAGCAAAGCCGAAGAAAGGGAAGUUCGAGUGCAAAGAGUACAGUUUGGCGGCACCGGAACAUAAUGUGCCGGCUGUUAUUUUGCCAAGUCGCAAUACUCUACCCAUUAACCUCAAUUCAAUGCAAUAUCUAUUGUCCUCUACCACAGCGCUAUCGUCCCAACUGAUUCCGUCAUCGGAAGCACAGUCAUCGUCUUUCAUUCAUGCAGGAAUGCAGCCAAUGAUCGAAACAUCUGAAUUCGUCGAAUUCACCAACACGCCUAGCGGCGAGGAAUCUACGCUAAUCCAGCUGCCGGAUGGUACGAUCGCUCGGGUUAUCGCUAAUGACGAUGUUAGUGCCAAUGUGGGAUGUCCCGAUUCGGCUAAGAGAUACGCGAAACCUUGCUUUCAAAUUGGAGACAUAUGCAAUCGACUCGACAGAAUCGAGAGGGAACUGAUUUUAUUGAAACAUGUCCCAAGCAAGAUAGACACGGUGUUAAAAUUUGCAGCGGACAUAAACAAAUUUCUGAUUUCGAGAACCCAAGUGGAGCAAGUUAGCAUUCAUCAAGAGGAAGACUUUUCAGCAUGCCAGAAUUAUUUGACAAUCAAUGAUAAACAAGAUCUAGUAGCGCUGGAACAAUUGUUAACCGACAGAGAUUUUGCUGCCAAGUUACUGCGAUAUUGCGAAUCGUUAUACAAUUUGUCGGGAAAGAGGGAAGGAAAAACAUUUUUCAGAAUGUUUUUGAGGAAGACAGUCUCACCUAACAUAUUACAAACAUAUUCCUGGAAAGGACAAACUCGGACAAAAAAGGGCGUUGAAGGUAGGACCAACGAGUCUUUUAAAACUACGUGGCCAAAUUUUAUACAAUUUGUGUGUAAAUUGGUUCGUGCAGCAGAUUUUCGUGCAACAGAGGAGUCAACACACAAGGCAUUUUCAGAAUUCCUACGUCAGAAAAAUUCAGAGCUCAAGAGGUACGGAAGUCAAGCUCAAAGAGAUACUGUCCAAAAAAAUAUUGUUAAGAUGGAGUGUGCUAGAGAUUCUUUAUCCGAGAGUGAGUCAUCUACGAAUGACUCCGAUGAUUAA